CCAAAAACUCAGUGUUUUAAAAAGGCAAAAAAAAAAAAAAAGAGUUACUUGCCUCUCUUUUUUUAUCCAAAGAUUGAUGAUUGAUUCCAGUUGGGUUACCUAGAAAACCAGCUGGGUUAAAGUUAAAAAACUUGGGUGUCAAUAUGAGAUUUUUAUCAAAAUGCUGCUGUCUUGAUACUUUCUUUUGAUUCUACUGGCUUUGAAGGAAGGUUAGAGGGUACUUGAUAUAGGAAAAAGCCAAAGUUUUUUGGUUUCAUUUUAUGAUUCCCUUACAUGUUUCCCCAAAAGAACACUGGGUCGGGUUCAGAUCUUUGGUUUAGGCAUGAUUGCAGAUGCUGUUUUGGUGUUGUUUCAAAAGGAAAGCAUUGCUUUUGAUGGGAUAAUAUGAAUUUUCAAGUGGAUGGUAUGGAGUUUGGACCACUUUGCUUUCUAUGUGAGGUGGAUAAUUGCAGCUUGUUUUUGUUGAGAAAUGAGCUGGACUACCUGCUGCUGAAUUUUGGUCUUCGGGUCAGCUUGGAGGUUUUAGUUUCAUGAGUUGUUCUUCUGGUACUGGGAAUUUUGUGAAGGUUUUAAGCUUGUUGGAGAUAAAACAUAAGUGUGCUUUACUCAAUAUGUCUAUGAACGACAAGCUUUCUGGCUCUAAUGGUAGAUUAUCGUCAAAUUCCAGGCUGAAGAAAGCAAAGGAGACCGUUCAUGGGCAUGGACCAAAUUCUUUCAGGAAAUGGAAGAGAAACUUUCUCUUUUUCUGGAUUUUAGGCUUUAUUUCAUAUGGAAUUGUUUCGUUUUUCUUGAGUUCCAACAGUAUGGCUUUGGAGAGAAAUCAGAGGAGUCUUGAUUCUUGUGAGGAGAAGGCAAGAAUCUUGCUCCAACAAUUCAAUGUUAGCAGGAACCAAUUUCAUGCUCUAGCUUCUUUCUUCUAUGAAUCAGAUCAGAUAUCAUUUCUUGAAUGUGUCAAACAUUCAGGACCUAAAAGGCCAUCGAGUGAUGAUGUUGCUUGUGCUCUCAAGGUAAUGUGUUCGGAGAAGCAAGACUUCAAAGUGCAGCAGAUGUGGGUUGUAAAAACUAUGGAGCUUAAGGAUCAAUGCCCUGUCCAAGUUGAUAAUAUACCCGGAGAGCAUGACUUGUCGUUGCUGGAUCACCGUACUUCUGUCUCGCAAAGUUCUGUUUCAUUAGUAUCACGGGAGCACCACAAUGGCGAGAAGAAAAUCUUGCGAGGAAGUGAACUAGGAGGUCGACCGGCAGACAAUUUUGAGGCCUCAUCUUUCUGUAUGGGGAAAGGAUGUUGGUUGCUUCUCGUUGGAGUCAUACUUCUCAGUAAGAUUUCAGGAGUUCGUUUGAAGCUCGAUUGGCAGAGAAAGAAUGAGCCAGCUCCGUUGCAGCCUGUACCUCAGCAACUACAGCUGCUACUGCUACAGAAACAGAAGCAGCUAGACCAGAGCCCUCCAAAAGGUGCCGGAAAGUGGAGAAAGAAACUUCUAAUAGUUUUUGUACUAGUGGGUAUCCUUACAUCCGUCUGGCUGUUUUGGAAUUUAAACCAAAAGAUCAUUUUUAGGAGGGAACUGACUCUUGCCAACAUGUGCGAUGAGAGAGCUCGGAUGUUGCAAGAUCAGUUCAAUGUUAGCAUGAAUCAUGUUCAUGCCUUGGCAAUCCUUGUAUCCACUUUUCACCAUGGGAAACAUCCAUCGGCCAUUGAUCAGAAAACAUUUGGUGAAUACACUGAGAGAACAGCUUUUGAGAGGCCACUUACCAGUGGCGUUGCUUAUGCAUUGAAAGUUCUUCACUCGGAAAGGGAGCAGUUUGAGAAACAGCACAGAUGGACGAUAAAGAAAAUGGAAACCGAGGACCAGACUUUAGUCCAAGAUUGCUUGACAGAGAAUUUGGACCCUGCACCAGUUAAAGAUGAAUAUGCACCGGUGAUAUUUUCACAAGAAACCGUGGCUCAUAUAGUCUCUAUUGACAUGAUGUCUGGAAAGCAAGACCUUGAGAACAUCCUCCGAGCAAGGGUGACCGGAAAGGGAGUACUGACAUCACCUUUUAAGCUGUUAAAAUCCAAUCACCUCGGUGUUGUGCUCACGUUUGCAGUUUAUAACAAGGAUUUGCCUCCAGAUGCUACACUAGAGCAGCGUACUGAAGCGACCGUGGGGUAUCUGGGUGCAUCUUUUGAUGUCCCCUCCUUGGUGGAGAAGCUCUUGCACCAACUUGCUAGCAAGCAAACAAUUGUUGUCAAUGUUUAUGACACAACCAAUGCAUCUAAUCCGAUCAGCAUGUAUGGUACUGAUGUAAUUGAUACUGGCCUGCUGCAUGUCAGCAACGUUGAUUUCGGGGACCCGUUACGGAAGCAUGAGAUGCACUGCAGAUUCAAGCAAAAGCCUUCGUUGCCUUGGACGGCAAUCAAUGCAUCCAUUGGAGUCCUAGUUAUCACUUUGCUUGUUGGUCAUAUAUUCCAUGCAGCUAUAUGUCGAAUUGCAAAAGUUGAGAAUGACUGCCGUAAGAUGAUGGAGCUCAAAGCUCGUGCUGAAGCUGCAGAUGUAGCCAAAUCUCAGUUUCUAGCUACUGUUUCCCAUGAGAUCCGAACUCCAAUGAAUGGUGUUUUAGGUAUGCUUAAAAUGCUGAUGGACACCGACCUUGAUGCGAUCCAAAGGGACUAUGCCGAGACUGCUCAUGCCAGUGGAAAAGAUCUUAUCUCACUGAUAAAUGAAGUCCUUGAUCAGGCUAAGAUAGAAUCAGGCAGGCUUGAACUUGAGGAUGUACCCUUUGAUAUACGCUCUCUUCUCGAUAAUGUUCUCUCACUCUCCUCUGACAAAUCUAAUGAUAAAGGGAUUGAGUUGGCUGCUUAUGUAUCCAGUCGGGUUCCUGAAAUUGUUGUCGGUGACCCUGGGCGGUUUCGACAAAUAAUUACUAAUCUUGUUGGAAAUUCAAUUAAGUUCACGCAGGACAAGGGGCAUAUAUUUGUCUCAGUGCAUCUGGUAGAUGAAGUGAAAGAUGCAUCCGAUGUGGAAGACAAGGUGCUACAACAAUGCAUGAACUUAGUUCAGGACAUGUCGAGCAAAACCUAUAAUACUUUAAGUGGUUUUCCGGUGGUAGACAGAUGGAGAAGCUGGGAGAAUUUUGAAAUAAUAAAUGGAAAAGAUACAAUGAAUGAUCCCAAAAAGAUUAGAUUAAUAGUAACAGUUGAGGACACAGGUGUUGGGAUUCGUUUCGAUGCUCAAGGUGAGAUUUUCACUCCUUUCGUACAAGCCGACAGUUCCACUUCACGACAUUAUGGUGGGACUGGAAUAGGAUUGAGCAUCAGCAAACAUCUGGUUGGACUCAUGCAUGGGGAGAUUGGGUUCGUGAGUGAGCCUGGUGUUGGUAGUACUUUCUCAUUUACUGGAGUUUUUGGAAAGGGCGAAGCGAGUUCUCUUGAUUCCAAGUGGAAGCAAUGUGAUCCCGCGGUUUCAGAGUUCCGAGGAUUGGGAGCUCUCAUUAUUGAUAAUAGAAGCAUCCGCGCGGAGGUCACAAGAUACCAUCUACGGAGAUUAGGAAUAUCCGUCGCUAUAACUUCCAGUUUGGAGUCGGCAUGCACCUACUUGUCUAGCGUUUUUGGGACAAGUACAUUUGCACAUUUGGCCAUGAUUCUUAUCGACAAAGACGUUUGGAAUCAAGAAGAAGUUAUUCAGUUACGAUCUAUGCUUGAAGGACAUAGGCAAAACGGCAAGCUAGAUGUUUCAACAAACCUUCCAAAGAUUUUUCUCUUGGGUACCUCCAUGAGCCCCGUUGAACGCUCCAAGCUUAAGACUGCAGGGUUUGUAGAUAACGUGCUGAUGAAACCUCUUCGGUUGAGUGUGUUAAUUGCCUGUUUUCAAGAAGCCCUUGGAAAUGGUAGAAAGGGCCAAGUACAGAGAAAGAAAAUAUCUACACUUGGGAGCUUAAUUGGAGGAAAGCGAAUUUUAGUUGUCGAUGACAAUAAGGUUAACCGAAGAGUGGCAGAAGGUGCUUUAAAGAAAUACGGAGCAAUUGUUUCCUGUGUCGAAAGAGGCCAUGAUGCGCUCAACCAGCUCAAGCCACCCCAUAAUUUCAAUGCAUGCUUCAUGGAUCUCCAGAUGCCUGAAAUGGAUGGAUUCGAAGCAACUAAGCAAAUCCGCAGCACCGAGAAUGAGGUGAAUGAAAAACUUGCUUCUGGAGAAGCAUCAAUCGAGAUGUAUGGAAAUGUGUCUCACUGGCACAUUCCAAUAUUAGCAAUGACAGCUGAUGUGAUCCAGGCUACAUAUGAGAAGUGUCUGAAAUGUGGGAUGGACGACUACGUAUCGAAGCCUUUCGAGGAAGAGCAACUGUAUUCAGCCCUCACACGGUUUUUUGAUCCCGGCUUAUAGGGUGGAAGGUAGCUUCAGCAGUCCUUCGGUUCUCUUCACAAGCGACAAGCCUUGACUCCAUGAGUCUGCUCCAACCUGCAUCUUGCCUCGUAAUGAUAGAUGUCUAAAAUAUGGAAAUUCCAAGCUUGCAUGAAUGAAAGUACGUUGAAGGGACAAAGCGGUGGCAUUACGUCUACAUAGCAAAUUUGAUUAAAUUUGUAAUUAAGGUGCUCUCCAUUCUUUUUGGCUUCUCAUAUAUGUUUUCAUCCAAGCAAUAAAAAGCUAUAUAGAGUUGUGUGUAUGUUUCAAAAUCUUUACAAGGGCAGUUUAUCAAAGUUGCACAAAGUACAUGGAUCCCUGGGGUGGUCGGUUGAUGUGGUUGUCCCUUAAAAUUUUAAUUUAUCAUAUUUUAGA